GCAUGCCCUCUCUCCCAUAGUAACACACGUCAGGACGUGCUGACGUACGUGUCUUCCUCGGACUCAGAUCGGCGUGCAGACCUGCCGUUAUGUUUACUUGUCUGUUAUUUUCUGUCUCUAGUCAUUUAGUCACGGAUGGAUGUUUUGGCGUUAGUCAACGAGCAAGCUUGGGAACCCGCAUUUGCAAAGUGUGCCAAGCAAGCUUUAAAGCCGAAGAUGUGGAAGAACAAACAUCCCUAACAAAAAGCAUCCCCCAGAAAAAAUGCCUUCGUGGAUGAGUAACAGUGAUACGUGAUGGGCUGUGGGACAAGUAAAGUACUACCCGAGCCCCCUAACGACAUUCAUCUAGACUUGGUUAAGAAAGUUGAGCCUUACAUUGGUCAGAAAACUGACAAAUAUGAACAUUUUAUUAAAGAUAUCGGGGCCAUUAAAGCUGCAGAUAAGACUGGGUCACUUUCACCACUACAGAACCCAAACCCACUUCAGAACAUCCAUACAGACCACAGUGAUCCUAGAAGAAAGAAAGUGGCUAAGUACCGUGCCAAGUUUGAUCCCAGAGUCACUGCAAAGUAUGACAUCAAGGCUCUUAUUGGUCGUGGGAGUUUCAGUAAGGUUGUCAGAGUUGAACACAAAAGCACUAAGCAACCGUUUGCAAUUAAACUGAUAGAGACAAAGUAUAAAGAAGGGCGAGAAGUUUGUGAAUCAGAAUUGAAUGUACUAAGGCGAGUUAGACAUACAAAUAUAAUUCAGUUGAUUGAAGUCUUUGAAACGCAAGAUCGGGUAUAUAUGGUAAUGGAACUAGCAACUGGAGGUGAACUUUUUGACAGAAUUAUUGCUAAGGGUUCUUUUACAGAGAGAGAUGCUACAAGAGUUUUGCAAAUGGUGUUGGAUGGAGUUAAAUAUUUGCACACAUUAGGAAUUACACACAGAGAUCUCAAACCAGAAAAUCUUCUGUAUUACCACCCUGGUGCUGAUUCUAAAAUUAUGAUAACUGAUUUUGGAUUAGCAAGUGCAAGGAAGAAGGGAGAUGAUUAUAUGAUGAAAACCACCUGUGGAACACCUGAAUACAUUGCACCAGAAGUCCUUGUCAGGAAAGCUUACACUAAUUCUGUGGAUAUGUGGGCACUGGGAGUGGUUUCGUAUAUUCUUUUAAGUGGUACUAUGCCUUUUGAAGAUGAUAACAGAACGCGGCUGUACCGUCAAAUUCUUAAAGGAAAAUACAGUUACUCAGGGGAGCCAUGGCCAAAUGUGUCAAAUUUAGCAAAGGAUUUCAUUGAUCGUCUUCUUACUGUAGAUCCCAAUGAAAGAAUGGCAGCUGUUCAAGCCUUAAAACACCCUUGGAUUGUCAGUAUGGCAGCGUCGUCUUCCAUGAAGAACCUGCAUCGCUCAAUUUCACAAAACCUUCUCAAACGUGCAUCAUCACGAUGCCAAAGUAUAAAGUCAGCACAGUCCACUCGAUCUAGUCGAUCCACCAAAUCCAAUAAAUCAAGGCGUGUCAGAGAGCGGGAGCUUCGAGAGCUUAAUUUACGAUACCAGCAGCAGUACGAUGGAUGAAGGGACCACAUCUUAUUGGCCACUGUUGUCUUCCGUGUUGCACUUUUUUCAGUACUUAUCUUGUAUGUGGCAAAUACUGCACAUCACUCCAAUAGCUCACUGGAUGAAAUACUGAAAUUGACGUGUUUGCCAUUCCUUUUACUUUAUGCAGUAAAAGGAGUAAAUGUGAUGUUGCACGUCCAAAGCAAUGUACAUAUCAACCUCCAUUAUGUAUACUGCAUUUUUUUAUUAUUUUCCGCAUUUUAUUGCUGCAGCAUUUUGAAAGCAGUGCUGCAGAAGGCCAUAAAACUGUUCUGGUUUUAUACUUUUUCCAUAUUUUUUUACAAGAUAAUGGCAAGGUUUUUGAAUUUAGACUGUUUGGGUUUUAUAUGCAGUUCUUAAAACUUAGUACAUUUUGUUGCACAUUAUUUAUUAUUCUUGGAAAUCUAUAUUAUGUAUUCAAAUAUAUAGAAACUGUAAUUUUUUGUUGAAUAUAUUUUUAUGUAAUGUUCAGUGGUUUGUACUAGAUUUUCUUAGUCCAGCUCUUAGGCGUAGACAAGAACACCAAAAAUGUACAAGUAAGGGAUCAGAAGUGGAGGUAAUGUACCCUGUAGCUGGCUGCCACAACAGUUUGUUUACCAUUCAUGCCCCUUGAUUUGUGUAACACCAUUUUUAAGGAUGAACUUGCACACUUGUUUUGUCUUCCAGUAAUUUUUCUGUUGGAUAUGUGACAUCAGGACUCAAGGAUUCGAGGACUUUACAGUAAAACAAUUCCUUAUUUUACUUCAUAACUGUAGGUGCCUGCAGUCGUACAUAGUUUCACAGUAAACCAUUUCCUUGUUUUACUUCAUAACUGUAGGUGCCUACAGUCAGUCGUACAUAGUUGUUUCCGUGCACGAGCAAGAAAGCACACCAGGCUUUACAGCUUCAAAAGGGGCCACCCUUCUCCCAGUUCCAGUGAAAUAUGGACUCAUGUGCUUUAAAUAUCAUUCUUUUGAAUUUGAGUCCAUUAAACAGUGGCAAAGCUGCAUGGAGGAAUGCUAAUGAUGCAGGAGAGAAAAGUAUGUUCAAAGCAGGACAGUCAUGUACUCUGACAUCUGUAGGAAUGACGCAUUUGUUUUAUUCCAUGAUUUUUCACAUGGUCACACAGUAGGCUGCAUAUCAAUCUGCAGACCUCAGUUGUAGUAGUAGUAUUACAAGUUUUCAAACAGAAACCUGCUUAGACCACCUUAACUUUCAUGCCUUUCUUAGUGAUAGGUUUUACUUCUAGGAUGGCAUCUUCUUGGGAGAAGUUUCUUGGCAUGUUUAAUUUUAUUUCACAUCCAAAGCAUGUUGUCAGACAAGAUUGCUGGCAUGAAGAGGCACACAACAUGCUGCAAACUGCCAUGGAGCCAACUUACCCCUUUUAAGUCGGUAACAAUUUUUUUCUUUGCUAGAGCAGUAUGUGGAUCAGUAAGACUACUAGUUAUAUUUGUUUUCUGCUGACAGUUGUGGGGAAUCCCCAGCAGACAAAGAUGGGCAAUGAGUCCAGUAUGCUGUCAUUCAUUAGGGUGAUCGAUGAAUUGCUAACAAUGGAUUUAAUGUCUCUGUCCUUUCCUCAGUGGAUGGGUCUUCUGAUCUGACUUUCUCAAGCUUUGGAUCCAGUGCUCAAGC